CCUUUUAAUUCUCACCUGGAGCCUCUUGAGGAUUGAGCAGAGUUUCUCAAGCCAGAUGAGAGAACACUCUGCAAGGACUGUUCAAGACUGGUCGCUCUCCAAGGAACAAGAGUUUCCUAAGAAUACCGGAAUACCGUGGAGAUGCCUCACCUGAACUUUCCAGACAACAUUCACAUGGGCUGUCCGAUGUAACUUUAAAGGAUUUUACAGCGCCAAACAAGGAAACUGAGGGAUCCAGAAGUUACAGAUUUACCUCCAUUUCCUGUAACCCACAUGAACAAACACCUUCUCCUACUUGGCACACCUGCACACACUACAGCAGAGAGGAUACGCCAGGCUGUGCAAUGUCAUCAGGCCGUGAUUCUGUAGGGGAUCUGAUUCCCCGAGAUAUGCUGCAGGUGUUCAGUGAGGACCGACAAGGUGGCAGGGGCAAAAGAGGCAGGAGAAGGGCAGCAUCCUUCAGGCGUGCGUUCAAGUGGUUGAAGCGCCAGCGCAGGAAAACCCGCCGACGUGCUACAGAAAUACACGGAGACCUGCUUGCCACUGGUUCACCUGUAGAGCUACCAAAAUCAUCACUUGUCACAGGCCCUAAAGAGGAAGUUAUGGGAGCUGUUUCUCUUCAGGAGUUCCAAGAAAAUGUGUUUGUGGAGGGUAAUCGGCCUAAAUAUGUGUUGGAUCUGCACACAGAGGCACAGCAGGGCCUGAAAAUGCAGCAGCAAGAAGAUGAUAGUUAUGGGACGGACUACCCUGAUGACCAAAGUAUGAUUUCAACAGUAACAGCUCAGACUGAAAACAGCAUGGCCUUCAGUGAGCUAAGAGGCUUUGAGUCUGAGAGCACAGCUGCCGAUUCGGUUUCGAUGCGCUCCUCCAUCUCCUCACGAUCAACACGCUCAGGACUCAAACGCCAAGCCUCAACAUUCAGCCCUCUGAAGCCAGAUAAGACUGCAGAGAAGACGAAGUCUCGUAGGAAACAUGGGAGACCUGUUGUAGGAAUUCCUCGACAUGUCCAGAAAGAAAUGGGGUUGGACAGGGCAGCAUGGAUUACCACAAAUCCUCUUGAUGGUCAGCUAUUCAAUGGAGACAUGAUCCUACCUGCCAUGAUUUCCACUGUGGACAGUACGUCUUCCAGCUCUGAACAAGAAAGUGUACACGACCAUAUACAGGGCAUACAGAACUUGUACACAGUUAAAAGAUACAACACCGAGCUCCCCACACUGAAAAAACCCAAAGAUGACAUCCUCCAAGGGCUCAUAAACCAUUCUGUAGAUCCAGAAAAGUCAGGAGCAGGCAUUCUAGGUGUUCCUUGGACAGAGAACUCAACCGGUGCAGUGAUGUCCAUCUCACCUCAGGCCACAUACAUGUCUAAAAUCAUUCCAAAUGCCGUACUUCCACCAUCUGUGGAUGUUGUGGAGCUGAGUCGCAACCGAAGUCGUAGCAGUGUCCGAACUGUCAGCAAAAGCAGCCUGGUGUCAGCCAGUCCAGCAUCCACACGUGCUUCCUCCAGAGUCUCUUCACGUUGUUCCACAAGCCGCUCAAAUUACUCUGGAUGGACCAACUCGGGAUCAUCAGAAACGCUUGUAUCCGAUUCUUCUACCAUCUCCAGCAGUAGCACUCCCCGUGUGGCCAGCAGAGGGAGUCAGGUUGAGAACACGAAUAGACCCGUUAAGCUGAACAACGACGGUUCCCAUGUUAAAACUACUCAUGUGAAUGGGGGGUCUACUGAGGUGGAGGACAGCGGAAAGACAGGAUCUGCUGUUGCCUUUACACGUAACCUAUCAGUGAUUAAACGCGGCAAGAAACCUCCAGCUCCUCCCAGCAGGUCAUACUCUUUACAUAACAGGAAACAGACCUGGAAGACAUCUGAGAGUCCUACCUACUUGGCAGAUGACAGUACUCCAGAUGGAUCACCAUACCCUGCUGUCAUGAGCCCUAAAAUAGGCAUGCCUCCCUCCAAUGGACCCACAACUGCCCUAUCAGAGGUGAGCCAGCCAGUCAGCACAGACAAGAAAAUGAAAAAAAUGUCUUCCAUUGCUGAACUGAAGAUCAGCCUUCUGUCUGCAAAAAGUUUAAUCAAUGGUAACAAUUCCUCACCAGUUGUAGUGGCUUUGUUGUCUCUGUUGGAGAUUCCCAAUCAUCCCAAAGUAUUGGCUCCACCAGCUCCUCCUCCUGAAACCUGGGCUCACAACCAACGGACUUUUGAACUGCUGUGUGGGCCCGGACCUGUUAACUAUACACGCUGGGCCAAAAAGAGAGGUCUUAAAAUUGCAGAUGAACCAGUUGUGGCUUUGGCAAAAGCUGACAGAGUAGCACCUCUGUUGCAGCCUGUAGAGAUAAAAGGCAAAGUUGAAACCGCAGCACCACUUGCCUGUGUCGCCCCAUCUCCAUCACCUCCCCCAGAUCAUUGCCCACCAACACCAAACAACAGCCAAGCCAAACCUCCUGACUUUGUUCCCUCAACUCCUACACUGGCUGCUAAAGCAAUAAAAGACUUGACUUCUUGGAUCCCUCCACCUCCUCUGUUUCCUCCUCCAGCACCUCCAGUAGGUAUGACUACAGCAACUCCUGUUGCUUUGCAAAAUGAUACUGACCUUCCUCCACCGCCGCCAGCAUUUUCGUCAUUAUUAACAAUGACUCAAUUACCUCCAGAUAUUCCACCUCCACCAAGACCACCUUCGGAAGCACAGAAAAUCUCACCCCAUUCGCAAGAAUCCCAACUUUUGACACACAAUGUGUUAGUAACAUCAUCUGAAACUUCUGAACAAAUCAACUUUGCUCCACCUCCCCCACUUUCCACCGAUGUAAGAUCUCAAGUCACUGUUCCUCCACCUCCUCCACUACCUACUGAUGUAAGAUCUCAACAAGUCAGUGUUCCUCUUCCUCCACCCACUGUUGUAAGAUCUCAACAACUCAUUGUUCCUCCUCCACCCACUGAUGUAAGAUCUCAAGUCAAUGUACCUCCUCCUCCUCCACUACCUACUGAUGUAAGAUCUCAACAAGUCAGUGUUCCUCCUCCUCCACCCACUGAUGUAAGAUCUCAAGUCAGUGUUCCUCCUCUACCUCCUCCAUCCACCGAUGUAAGAUCUCAAGUCACCGUUCCUCCACCGCCUCCACUACCUACUGAUAUAAGAUCUCAACAAGUCAGUGUUCCUCCUCCUGCUCCAUUACCUAGUAAUGUGAAAAUGGAGGGCAGACUAGAGAUGACAGAAACGGAGAAACGGACAAGCAGUCCCUCUCCGGCUAAAGAGGAGACCUCCAGUCCUGUGGUCACUCAGUCUCUCCUACAGAUGGUUCGUCUUAGGUCCGUUAAGUCCAGUCAGAGCCCUGCUGUAGGUCCUGAUAAACCAUCACAACCCAAACCAAAAUCAGGUGUCAAUCAAGAGGCACCCCCAAAGCCAAUCAGACGAUCUUUGAUUUUGACAUCACUUCCCCCUGAUGUAGAAGCUCUAUCCUCAGAGCCAAAAACUGAAGCUCUGUCCCUCAACACAGACACAACCACUGUAUCAAAUACUCAGCAAAGAUCAUCCGAACCAGAAACUCAAAUAACUCAGUCAAAUAACAUUGCUCAAAAAACAGAAAACACAAUACUUGAGCCAAAAUACUCAUCAGCUACAUGUCCACCUACCGAACCAAGUAACAAUUCAGUUCCUGCUGAACCAGCAACUAAACAACCCUGUGCUAAAACAGAACCCAAACCCCAAACCCUCAAGGAACAAAUUCAACCUACUGUGCCUGACCCAGAAACCCUGCCAAGCUCAACAGAACCAAAAGACCAAUCAAUCAGUGAGCCAAAGACUCAACAUCAGGAACAAGAACCCAACAAGAUCCCGGAGAAUUCAGAGAAACAAUUAAGCACUAUUGAAAUACACUCAAAGCCAGAUGGUGAGCAGCCAAAAACCCAAACACCAAUACCCAUUGUCUCUUCCACACCUCCCAUGGUCUCCUCAGCAGUUAACCCCUCCAUGCGUCUCCAGGAGGCCAUUCGUCUUAAGGCAGCUGCUAUGUCUUCAAAAGACAACCAAGCCAAGCGGUUUGGUUUGCGCUCCCCUCCUCCAGCCACGGCUAAUGGCACCACUGUACCAAACUCCUCUGCUUCUAUGGCCAGCUUCAUCUUCUCCAAAAGCCCAAAGAAGGUUGUAAUAGAGACACCGUCGACCUUAGAGGUUCAGACUGACCCAAGGAAAACUCUGGUGGCAGAGUUAGCAUCUGUCUCGGAUUCAGCCAAGUCUAAUGACUCGCACAAGAUGGCUAACAAAGUUCCUCCACCAAUUGCUAAGAAACCCAACGCUAAGGUUGAGAGCGUUGCUCAGAACUCUGCAGAGGCCGUAUCUGUAGCCAAGAUUGAUCAUGUGCAAACAGAGACUGUACAAACUGCCGGACAGGACGUACAGACAGAGAACUCUGAGAAAACAAAUGAAUGAAUAUGUGCAC